AGUGUUUGCUGGUGAAUACUUAACCCCCGGUCUUAGCCUAGCAAUAAAAAUUAACAGACCGCAUUUUUCUCCUCGUUCGGGCCUUCUCCCUUUCCGUUGGACAAGCUACAGAUAAAACCUUGAAGGCGCGAGAAGCGUGGAGCACCAAAACCUAGAAUCACCACUCUUCUGUUGCCAGUCAAAUCUUCGAUAUGCCACCCAAAGCCGCCGCCAAGUCUAAGGACGCCACCGCCGAGCGGCUUAUCCUUGGCCGGUUCUCCUCUCACCUCAAGAUUGGAAUAGUCGGAUUACCAAAUGUUGGAAAGUCAACUCUUUUCAACACUCUUACUAAAUUGUCGAUUCCUGCAGAGAACUUUCCUUUCUGCACCAUAGAGCCCAAUGAGGCACGUAUUAAUGUGCCCGAUGAAAGAUUUGAUUGGCUCUGCCAGUUGUACAAGCCAAAGAGUGAGGUAGCUGCAUUUUUGGAAAUACAUGACAUAGCUGGGCUAGUGCGAGGUGCUCAUCAAGGACAGGGUUUGGGGAAUAAUUUUCUGUCCCAUAUUCGUGCAGUUGAUGGAAUUUUCCAUGUCCUUAGAGCAUUUGAAGACCCUGAUAUCAUUCAUGUGGAUGACUCUGUAGACCCUGUAAGGGAUUUGGAAGUUAUAACAGAAGAGCUCCGUCUAAAGGAUAUAGAAUUUAUGGAGAGGAGAAUAGAUGAUCUUGAAAAAAGCAUGAAAAGAAGCAAUGACAAACAAUUGAAGAUAGAGCUUGAAUGCUGUCAAAAGGUUAAAGCAUGGUUACAUGAUGGGAAAGAUGUGCGCCUUGGAGACUGGAAAGCUGCUGAUAUAGAGAUUUUGAACACUUUCCAGUUGCUUUCAGCAAAACCUGUUGUCUAUCUGGUGAAUAUGAAUGAAAAAGAUUAUCAGCGAAAGAAGAAUAAGUUUUUACCCAAGAUACAUGCUUGGGUGCAGGAGCAUGGUGGCGAACCUAUCAUUCCUUUCAGCUGCGUUCUUGAAAAAAACCUCUCAGAUAUGCCACCAGAUGAAGCUGCUAAGUAUUGUGAGGAAAACAAAUUGCAGAGCGCUAUUCCAAAAAUCAUAAAGACUGGUUUUUCUGCCAUCAAUCUUAUUUACUUUUUCACCGCUGGCUCAGAUGAGGUUAAAUGCUGGCAAAUCAGACGCCAAACAAAGGCUCCUCAAGCUGCUGGUGUCAUACAUACUGAUUUUGAACGUGGUUUCAUUUGUGCUGAGGUAAUGAAAUUUGAAGAUUUGAAAGAAGUCGGCAGUGAAGCGGGAGUCAAGGCCGCAGGUAAAUAUAGACAGGAAGGGAAGACUUAUGUUGUUCAGGAUGGGGACAUCAUCUUUUUCAAAUUUAAUCCUUCUGGCGGCGGAAAGAAAUGAGUCUAUAGAUCAAUUUUAUGUGCUUUGAUAUUUAAACCGGAUGUGUUUAAUGAGGUAAUUUAUUAAAUUGAUCUUCAAAAACUUUAUAUAGGAUCUAUGCUUUUUUUGGCCUCUCCUUUUUUGCAAUAAAAAUUUCUGCAGAAGUUCAGGCUCCCCA